UUGUUCCCUCUGCUUGGAGUCCUCCUUGGCUCUUCCUCUCCUCUUUAGUAUGAAGGCACUCCUCAGCACAUGUCUCCUUUUUGGCCUCUUUUCUCCAGUGGCACUGAUGGAAUGCUAUUCCUGUACGGGAGAGGAGUGCGCAACACCAAAAAUUAAGAGCUGCCGAGAUGACCAAGAUGCCUGUGUUUCGGCCGUAUCUAAUGUCAAAAUGGGCGAAUUCUUACCAGAAUUACUCAUUCCUGCCAAGCGAUGUGGUAAGACCCAAGACUGCUUGGACACCCAAUUCAGCAUGCAAACAGAAGAGGGUGGGCGCUUCCGUUCCAUUCGUGAGUGCUGCUUCAGUGACAAGUGCAAUAACGUGAAUGUCUCUCUGUCAGAGCCUGUGGAACAUCCUCCCAAUCAGAUACUAUGCCCCUCCUGCUUUGACUUGGAUUCCGAGAACUGCACAGAAGGGGGGAAAGUGAUGAUCUGCACUGGUGAUGAGACGAAAUGUGUUGAGGGAGUCAUAGAGAUGAAAAUAAGUCUUCUAGGGUAUGCAAUUAAUAUGUUUAUCCAAGGAUGUGGAACACCAAGCAUGUGCACUGCUAGAUUUCCAAUGGAGAGUGUAUCGUCUGGUGAAACGAAAUUCAACAUCAAAGGAAUUCGGUGUAUCGAUGGCAUUGAAUACUUGACAGUGUAG